GAUUUGAUUUGCGUGAUGGCGUCACGAGGCUACGUAGCUAUGACUACAGAUAAUGGUGAUGACCACGAGGAAGUAACACGAGAUCCGCUGCUGAAAAUGUUUACAUUUAGUUUAACGCUCGUACGACAUGGGGAAACACGGUACAACAGGGAAAAGCUGCUGCAAGGACAAGGUGUGGACAUGCUCUUGUCUGAAACCGGUGUGCAGCAGGGUGAGGCUGUAGGACGAUACCUCAGUGACCUCACAUUCAACAAUGUGUUUGCCAGUAACCUACAACGAGCCAUACAGACAGCUGAAAUAAUUUUGAGGAACAACACUCACUGUUCUGGCAAGGAGAUGAUUUUGGAGCCGUUACUCAGAGAGAGGGGGUUUGGCAUUGCUGAAGGACGUCCCAAAGAGGAUCUGAAGAACAUGGCCAACGCUGCUGGCCAGUCGUGUCGUGACUACACCCCUCCAGGAGGAGAGACUUUAGACCAGGUGAAGCUGCGAUUCAAAAGAUUCCUGAAAGUGCUUUUCAAGCAAAUGUUGGAUCAACACGGCGGGUCAAGACCAGAUGCCUCUGCAGAAGCAUCAGAAGCUGGAGACGCCGCCAAUGGGACUGCAGCUGCCGCCUCAGGCGUCGCUCGUGGUGGUUCGGCUGACGACGGUCUCCAGGGAGUGCCGGUCCACGUUCUGGUCGUGAGCCACGGCGCUUACAUCCAUGUAGCCAUCAAGCACCUUGUAGAGGACUUAAAGUGCUCUCUGCCCGCAGGGGUGAAGAUGUCGCAGCUGUUUUCACCCUGUCCAAACACGGGCGUCAGUCGCUUCAUUCUCACUCUGAGCCAGUCCGAGUCCGGCCCGGUCCUCACUGCAGCUCGCUGCUGCUUUACCAACAGGAAGGAUCACCUGGAAAACCUCCCAACUGCUAAAAAGUGUUAAGAGAAAGAUAGAAGUUUUAUGUAUGGAGUACUGUUUGUGUGCAUAUGCACACAGUUUUUGACUGAUUGAGGAACAAUCAUGAACACUAAAGGGAAAUAAGAGGCAAAGGCCUCAAAGUUACCACAGGUAACUGAAUACAACAAUGCACAUAGUAAAUUAAGUUUUCUCAAUAUUCAAUAGCGUUUUAUUGUGGAUCAGUAGUGAAAAUAAUUGUGCAGUACUGUACUAUCAAACAACCUCAUUUUCCUCUGAAUUAUGAGUCCUUUCUGUAGCCCAGUAAGGACUCGUACUUUUUUUAAUGCUGUUCUUUUUAUUUAUCUUAUUUUAUUAUGGUAUACCAAAGUCAGUCUCUAUUUAAUGUAUUAUUGAACACUGUCAGUAGGUGUGGCAUUUUGAAGUUGAUCAUGUCCUUUGUUGCAAUUGUGGUGCUGCCCGUUUUACUUGUGCAAUACAAUAUGACAUCACUAAUCACUAAUUUAAUAUAAACAAGAAAUUGGGUGCUAUAGGUUAACAACAGAUAAUUCUUUUCGUUUACAGCACCUAUCCCAUUGAGGUUUUAUGGAUGUGUUUCAUGGUAUUAAUACAUUUUUUAAAAAAUAUUUUGACACGUCGCAAAGGCCACAGGCUGGAUUUGAGUCAACCUUGUACAUGGAGCGCUCACUCUACCAACUAAGUCCCAUUUAUUCAUUUUUUUUCAUUUGGGUGUUCGUUUAUAUUUAUCACUACAGACUGCAUAGAUGUAAUGUAUAUUCUGCUCAUUGCCACAUGUUGAUGGAUUCACAUUCACUAAAUUCUUAUCCAGUAAUUGUGUUAAAACAACACAUCAUGCACCUGAUAUUAAAGUCUCUCAGUUUAACAGACAAAAAGAGGCUUAGUUUUUCAUGUUCAUCUUCAACAACAGUUUUCUCUCAUCCUGAGUGACUGUAAAAAGUUUAGGCACCCUGGGGCCCUGAACUGCCGUCACUACUGGACUAUGAAGAGCUUUCAAGGAGCUUCAAUAUGGUGCUGCUAGUGCUGCAUCAGAAAAAUGUCUUAUGUCCAUGGGUAGAGUUAACAGCUGACCUUUAAAGCGAAAUAUGCUUAACUUGACACCAUUCUAAGGGAGCCAGCAGUCGCUUAGCGUAGCUUAGCACAAAGACUGGAAACAGGGAAACCGCUAGCCAGGGUCUGGCUGAAGUUCCGCCUACCAGCUCUUCUAAAGCUAACUAAUUAACAAGUUAUGUAUUGUUCAAAAAUAACAAAACAAUGUGUAAAAAUAAGCAGUGGCUGUUUUACUGGCUAACUUCCUGGAGUCUGUGUUGCUUCCUUGGCAACAGCGGAGGUGUAUUUCCCUGUUUUUUCUAUGUUAUUUCUCUAAAUGUCAAACUAUUCUGUUAAAAGGUCAAAGGUUAAUUGGUGCCAUUACCAAUUAACAGUGGACCUAUUUAACAGUUAGUUACAGUAAAAAUGGCACUAAGUGUAUUUUUAGAGUGACAUGACUCAGAUGCAACGCAUGUACCUGUUUGCUAAUUAAGGGGAAGAGGUGACAGUGCAGGAUACUAAUGAGCAGAACAGCUUAGUAACUGGGUCAGUGUUAAGCACAUUCAUGACUUCCUGUCAGACACAGAGUGCUGGAACACCAAAGUUUGGAAAUUCACUGCUAUAGAGGUUAGCAUAAAAAAAAACAACACAAUACAUGUUUCCUUUAUUAGUUUAUUUUGUCCUAAAUUCAAGCAACACCCCGUCCACAACUCCAACUCAUACAUUCAAAGACAAGCCAUGUUUUCUUUAUAUGCAGGCUAUAUUUACUGUGAAGCAUCCUUAUAAAUACCAUAAAUAACAAUAAAGGAAUGGCAUUAAAUAAAUAAAUACUCAUUGGGACCGGUUUUUGUGUUUGCUGGUGGUGCUCAGCACCUGUAAAAAUCACCCGAGUUCAGAUUUGAUAUCAAGAGUACUGCUCUGUAAAGGGUGUUUACCCUGUAGUUAUAUUCCUUCAAGUCAUGAAUUAGAUACAGAUACAUAACUGUAAUCUGUGGUGAUCUGUGGUUUUGAGAAGUUUUUGGAAUUGCUGUUUGUACGUUCAAAAUAUGACAAUAAACAAACUUCAAAUCUUCUAUAUCCAA